AUGGACGUAGCGAGUGGUUUUCAUGAUAAAUACAAAGAGGAUCUACGUCUGGCAAGAAGCAUCGGCACUCAAAUGUUCAAACUCUCCUUUUCGUGGUCGAGAAUUUUACCAAAUGGUUUUACGAAUCACGUCAGCAAAGACGGUAUACAAUUUUAUAAAAUUGUGCUCGACGAGAUAGCAGCUAAUGAAAUGAUUCCCAUGGUUACGUUGCUUCAUAUGGACCUGCCUAAUGAUUUGCAAAAAAUGGGUGGUUUAACUAAUCCAUUGUUUGCUGAUUGGUUCGAGCAGUAUGCUCGAUUCGUUUUUGCUACUUUCGGCGACAAAGUGAAAUACUGGGUGACCAUUAAUGAACUGAAUAUGUUUUGCUACGGUGGAUACGGCAACGAAUUUGUACCGCUCUUAAACAUGUCAGGAUUCGCGGAUUACUUGUGCGGGCAUCACGCCUUGCUUGCUCACACAAGAGCUUACCGUCUGUAUGAUCGCGAAUUUCGCCCCAGUCAGAAUGGCAAAGUGGGAUACACUAUCAAUUUCGAGCUGCCUCAACCUGGGGAUCCGUCAUCACCGGACGACGUGACUGCAGCAGAAAAUGAUUAUCAAUGGUUUAACAAUUGGCUAGUACACCCAGUCUUCAGUAGUGACGGCGAUUACAUAACUAUGCUAAAGGAACGAAUAGCUGACCGCAGUCGCAUUCAGGGAUUUUCUACAUCGCGUCUGCCAAGCUUUACGGAGAAACAGAUUCGCGAUGUGCGCGGAGCUUCGGAUUUCCUCGGGAUAAAAUAUUACACGUAUGAUACAAUAACGUCGAUGACUAAUGUCGAUGUUAAUCUUGUGCAUUUCGAUAACGACAACGGUGCAAACGAGUCGGAUAAAGCCAUAAAUUUCAAGGACAUACCGUCGGUGUUUGGUCAACUAAUACAGCGUCUACACAAAGAAUAUCAUCCUACGAUUUACAUCACCGAGAAUGGUUUUCCCGAAGCCGCUUUGGAGGACAAAACUAAAGUGGAGUUUUUACAAAGGCAUCUCGCAGAGGUGCUAAAAGCCAUAUAUAAUGGGGUCGACAUUCAAGCUUAUCUGUUGUGGUCGCUAACAGAUACCUUCGAGAUGCAACUUGGUUUUCAACCAAAGUACGGCCUUUUCCAUGUUGAUUUCAACGAUUUGAAUCUCACCAGGACUCCGAGACUGUCAUCCAAAUUUAUAGCUCGCGUCUACCAAACGCGACGUCUGGAAUAAACAGCCUGAUAUUAUUAUAUUCGCAAUGC